CCAAAAUUAGGCAUUUACAUUAAGGCGCAAACUCCUCUUGCCAUGGAAGCUUGCCGGGCUAUGCGACAUUGGUUUCCAGUGAAAUACCUCCGCCUUCUUGUCCGGCCCACGAAUUCCUCGGCGACGCCCCGACCUCUUACGUCGAUUCGAAUAUCCACUGUGGGACAGGUCAGGAGAAGUCAAAUGUGCGCCUCCUUCGCAGCGGCAGCCGGCGAGAGGCCAAGCUGUAGGGCGUACGAUGGUUUGUUAUUGGACGCCGGAGGCACGCUGCUGCAGCCGGCAAAGCCCGUUGAGGAAACCUAUGCCACAAUAGGAAGGAAAUUUGGAGUUGAUGUCACAGAGAGUGAGAUAAAACAAGGGUUCAGGAGGGCUUUUGCUGCACCAUGGCCUGGGAAGCUCCGCUACCAGGGAGACGGAAGAGAUUUUUGGAAGCUAGUUGUUUCUGAAGCUACCGGUUGUUCUGAUAAUGACUUUUUUGAGGAAGUAUAUGAGCACUAUGCACAUGGUGAUGCAUGGAGAUUACCAGUGGGGGCUUAUGAAGGAAUGUGCCUUCUAAAGGAUGCUGGAGUGAAGCUGGCUGUGGUCUCUAAUUUUGACACUCGACUUCGCAAGCUACUGAAUGACCUCAGUGUUGCACAAUUGUUUGAUGCCAUUGUCGUAUCUUCGGAGGUUGGUUAUGAAAAGCCUGCUGCUGGGAUCUUUUUAGCUGCUUUAGAUCAGAUUGGUAUUGAAGCUGGUAAGGUUGUGCAUGUGGGUGAUGAUCAGAAGGCAGAUAAGGUGGGUGCUAACUCAGUUGGCAUUGAUUGCUGGCUAUGGGGUUCCGAUGUGGUGUCUUUUCCCCAAAUAUGUGAACGAAUUCUUAAGCAGAGUCCUUCCUAACUAGAGAAUAACAACGCAUUGUUCUUCCGAUUUCUCUUUUCAGAGCAGGCUAUCAACUAAAGAAGCCCUUGUAAUAAUUUCAUUUCCCAGAUCAACAGACAUUGACUUCAAUAUUGCUGCAAAUAGCCAUAGCAAGUUGGGUGGAUAUGCAAUUAUGAAUGCUUUCAAUCAUUUUACACAAAUUAUGAGACUAUUGAACCAUUGAAGAGCAGUGUAAAAGGGUAUCAAAGCGCUCAUUUUAUUUGAGUAAGAUAUGAAAAUUACUUGGGGUUCA